GCGCGGCGGCCAAUGGGCGGCGGGGGCUCCGGAAGCGCCGGCGCUGGGCCAUUUCUCGUAGCUCUCGGACCUCCGUUAGUUCACGCUGAGCCCCAGAGGCCUAAGUCGGCCCGGAAGGUCUCCCCGCUUGCUGCCCCGCCUCGGCUGGCCAUGAGCAGGCACAGCCGGCUGCAGAGGCAGGUCCUCGGCCUGUACCGCGAGCUGCUGCGCGCCGCGCGGGGCAAACCGGGCGCCGAGGCGCGGGUCCGGGCCGAGUUCCGCGAGCGCUCACGGCUGCCCCGGGGCGACGUGCAGCGUAUAGAGUACCUGUACCGGCGCGGGCGGCGCCAGCUGGAGCAGUUGCGGUGCGGCCACACCACGGCGCUGGGCUACUUCGUGUCGAGGGAAGACCCGGGGCCGCAGCCCGCAACCCGCUCCAAGGAGCUUCCCACGGACACUGACCAGCGCGCGGCCACCGAUCCUGGACACAACCUCCCGCCGUAGACUGACUGGGGAGGAAGGAAGAUCCGAAAAAAAGAAAAAAUCCCCGACACCCCCUGGGCCAACAGGCACAGGUUCUUCCUGGACACUCUCCCUCCUGCACCUUCCAGGCUCUCACCGAAGACUGCUCUUGAUUGCCUGGGGGAAAAGAAAGAAAAGAGCCGGAAAACUCCGAACUCUCCAGAGUUGGACCCUAAGAAGCCCUUGUAGGCCCUGGGAACUCUCUCCCUCCUUCACCUUACAAGCUCCCACCGCAGAAGAGAAAAGCAUGCCAACACCCAGAGUACCCAGACUUUAACCCAAAUCUUCCUAGGACUCCUAGGAGCACCCCCCCCCCCUUUCGGGAUGGCUCAUUCCCUCCUACCUCCACAGCCCUCCAGUCUGUGCUCAAAGGAUCCUCAGGGAGACUCUUGGGGCCUGAUUCUGGGGCUGCUAUUCUCCCCUCCCCCAACAAGAUGGGCCCCAUUUGCCCCCUCUUCUUUCUCCCCUAUUAGAUUGUGGUAGACCUUCUAAGCCCCUGGAGGCAGGGACUGUUUCAUUUUGGUCUCCCCAAUCUGAACACCUGCUCCUGGAGUAAGAAUAAGUUUGUUGUCUUGAUGUAACUGACUCCAUAUUUUACGUGACUUUUUAAAAGUUUUAAAUUCUGCCUUCUCUACCCACUAGACCCCAUUAUACAUGUGAAGUCAUGCAAAACCUAUUUCUACUUUAUGUUGCAAAAAAAAUAAAGCAAGAAAAAUAAAGUGAAAAAAUCA